AGUUUACUCCUGCCUAAAUAAAGCUCAAGUUACUUGGGUGGAACGGAGGAAGAACCGAGUGAAAAACAAGAAUAGUCAUUUGCCGCCGGUUGACAUGUGGGCCAACUGGGUUUUGGAGAGUGGAUGGUUUCAGAACAUCAUGCUGACAGUCAUCUUGGGCAAUUCUUUGCUCCUGGGUAUACAAGCAGAGUUGAAUGAGGUGCGUGACGAAAGUCUGGAAGGUUUAAACACUGUGCUUGAUAUAUUUGACUACUUCUCCCUCUUCGUCUUUGUGCUGGAAAUAGUGCUCAAAUGGAUGGAUAACUUCAAAUUAUUCUGGCUGAAUGGAUGGAACAUCUUUGACUUCUUAGUGACAUUUUUGUCCGUUGUGCCAGAGGUCAUGCGAUUCACUGACACUGAUGGCUCAUCUUCUGCUGGCCAAGUUGACAUCACCGUCAUCAACAAUUUGCGAGGCUUCAGGAUUCUCCGAUCACUCAAGAUGGUUACAAGGUUCCGACAAGUUCGACUGAUUGCCCUGUCAGUGGCCAAAGCCUUUAAGGCUAUGUUGUUUAUCAUCUUACUUCUUGCCACCUUCGUGUACAUCAUGGCCGUUGCUGGAGUGAUUUUCUUUGACUCCUAUUCCCAUUCCCAGAGACCUGGUCUAAUGUUCAACUACAACUUCAGGACUCUGCCGAGUGCGUUUGCCUGCUUGUUUCAGCUACUGACCUUAGAUAGGUGGCAUGAUAUCCUCCUAGAAAUGAUGCAGGUCGUUGAUCCAUUUGGUUCCAUCUUCUACAUUAUCUUCUGGGUCUUGAUGGGAUCGUUCGUCUUCCGGAACAUAUUUGUUGGCAUUAUGGUCAACAACUUCCAAAGUAUUCGAGCAGAUUUGUUCCACGAGGUUAUGGAGAUCCAAGAAAUGAAAGAACAAACACUCAAGAUCGAGAAAUUGAAUGAAGAACUCAUGAAGCAAGAGCAAAAUUUCAGCAGAGGAAAAGGAGCAGACGGUGAGGAAUUAGAGGAAGAAGAUGAACAAAUUCAAAAGACUUGGUCCAAGGAUGAUGCUUCAAAAAUCAAUUCAAAGUUUAACCUAGCACCAGCAAAUCUCUUGACGCCAAAUCUUACAGUUCCAAGCACCAGUAGAAGACUCUCCACCAUUUCGGCAGUGCCAGCAGGAUCAAAGCGUGUAAUGACAUCAUCUUUGACACAACCUCACAUGAGCCAAUACCAGAAAGAUGUCAGCCAGAUUCUUAUUCAGGCUACAGAAAGCUGCACAGAUUGGCAGAAGACAGUGAGUGAUAAUCUGGAGACAAUAUCCAAGAAUCCCAUCGAUACCGCCUGGCCCAAAGACACGUUGUUCAGGUAUCUCCUACUGAUGGAAGCACUGCAGGAGAACCUGGCUGAAAGAUCUAGUCUCAUGGCUCUAGUUGGUCAAGCUCUGCUUCACGUGUUCGACAACUGAGCACCAAUGUAUUUUGAGACAGAGGAAAAAGCAGUCUCUACAAUAGGUGAUAUUGUAAAGGCAAGGAAAUGCGUAGGCCCGGCCCUCUUGAUGCCAAUUACUGAGUAUAGAGUAGAUUGCUGUUGGUUUGCCUUGAUGAGAGUAGGAAUGUGGAAAGUUUUUUGGGCGUACAUGUUCAGAUUGCUUAAGACAAAGCCA